AUGGAGCACAUGAAAAACAAGUCUUUUCUCUUUUGUCUCUUACUUAUUUGCUUGACAAAAAUUUGUACCUCAUCGCCAUCUAAUUACCCUCAAAACCAAACCCAAACUAGCCCGAGUGGGAAGAAGCAUUUUGUGUUGAUUCAUGGAGCUGGUCUUGGAGCAUGGUCUUGGUAUAAGGUGGCAACUUUACUCAAAGAUUCAGGCCACAAUGUCACAGCUCUAGACUUGGGAGCAUCUGGGAUCAACCCAAUUCAGAUACAGCAACUUCGUUCGAUCUCGCAAUAUGUCGAGCCAUUGACAAAGCUCAUGGUGUCUCUUCCACCAAAGGAGAGGAUCAUCCUCGUUGGUCACAGCAUGAAUGGGGCAGUCAUAUCUAUUUUCAUGGAGAGAUUUCCUGAGAAAAUUGCUGCUGCAGUAUACGUCACGGCUUUCAUGUCUGGUCCUACUCUCAAUUACUCGACUAUAUUGACAGAGGUUAAUAAAAGAUUGGACUAUUUGGACACUCAAUAUAGAUACGAUAAUGGGACCAACAACCCUCCAACCUCCUUUCUUCUUGGGCCUAAGGCCUUGGCAUUGAAGUUUUACCAGCUCUCCCCAGCACAGGAUAAAACACUAGUGUCCUCUUUGAUAAGAUUUUCUCCUCUCUUCAAUUAUGAUGUAAUAAAGCUCACCAAGGAGAAAUAUGGAUCGGUUCGUAGAGUAUUCAUUGUGUCUGGGCAAGACCAGGCAAUAGUGUUGGAUGUGCAGAAUUACAUGAUCAGGAACAAUCCACCAGAUGAAGUGAAAGUGAUUAGCGAUUCUGAUCACAUGGUCAUGAUCUCUAGACCAUUGAAUCUCUUCUACCACCUCCAAAACAUUGCUGAGAAAUAUUCUUAG